AUGUGCGAUAAGAUUCUCAAUAAGUCAUCAGGGUCCUUUCUCUGGGUUCGUCUUAUCCUGCAAGAAUUUGAGAAUGUGUGGACUGAAGAGGCCAUGGAUCAGUUUCUGUCAGAAGUCCCCGAAGGUCUCAAUGAUCUAUAUCUCAAGAUGGUGAACUCAAUUGAGAUGAAAAAGAGCAUGAUGCCUCUAGCCAAAUCAAUUUUGACCUGGGUCGUCACUGCGUGUCGUCCAUUAACACUUGAUGAAUUACGCUGUGCUGUCAAGUUGGAUCUCAAUCAAACAUUGCAGAACUUGGCCAAGGCAGUCCCGUCCAUAUGUGGACAGCUCGUUUUUAUUGACCAAUCCGACCGCAUUCACAUCAUUCACGAAACGGCACGAGAAUUCCUCCGCGCCAAGAAUGCGUACUCUGAGCUUAGCUUUGAGAAAAAGCAGAGCCACACCCAUAUUGGGUCUUCACUUUUACGUUACCUAUCUGCCGUUCCAAUUAAAUCAGAUGAACGGCCCUCUCACUUAAGAGAAAAGCUCCCGAGGUUUGCUAGUCGCACGAAUUCAAUGCCACACGAUACCUCGCUGGUUGACUACGCGUGCAAGUUCUUCUCAGAGCAUAUCCACUCGUGCUCCUUAAGAGAGGAUGAUUUGAUGGGCGAAAUCAGCACUUUUCUCAAAGGCAACAGUGUGCUUUCAUGGAUCGAAUACAUUGCCGGUUGUAACGACCUAAGCAACAUCACAAAAUCUGGAAUGAAUCUGCGGAUAUAUCUGGGUCGAAGAGCAAAGUACGUUCCUCCAACUGACCCAUCGUUCCAUAUCAUCGAAGACUGGGUGACUGAUCUGAUCAGGGUAGCUGCUAAGUUUCGCACUCAAUUGCUAGCACACCCAAACUCAAUUUACACAUUAAUCCCUCCGCUCUGUCCCCCAGAUCCCAUCAUUUCGAAAACAUUCACGAAAUCCUCUCACCUCGCCGUAAAAGGCCUCCCGGCGGGCACUUGGGAUGACUGCUUGAGUCGCAUCGACUUCGCUCAUGAUCGGAUAACUGCUGUUGGUCAUGGCGAAAAAUAUUUUGCGAUUGGGUUUUCUACUGGGAAGAUCUUGCUCUACGACUCAAGCUUUCUCCGACUUUUGAUCACUCUUCCCACUUUUGAAAGAGUCAAAAGUCUUAAGUUUAGUCAUGAUGACCAAUAA